UGACAGUUCAGGGAGGGGAGGUGGGAGAGCUUGAGAGUGGCGGUACAGAUAAGAGAGUGGUUCAGGAACGCGGCGGAACAACAAGCUAAGAGGAGGGAGACUAGGAGGGGGUGACCGACUGGAGGGUGAGCCUCACCCGGGAGGCUUGAUGUCGCCAAGAGGAGAGACGAGGGAUGGGGCGUAGAGGAUUUACAGCUCAAGAAAGAUCUGGGCCAACAGGGGUCACAGCCCAGAAGGGGUCUCGAUUAGGAAGGGUAAGGGACGGGAAGGUGGUUAUUGCCUAUGAGUGAUCACGGGAGGAGAGCCUUGACAGCGAGGGAGGGAAAGGGAGGAGGGCAUGAUAUCAAGGAGAAGCGUGAAGGGCGAGGAGGAGCCCAGUCAUAGCGGGAAGCGUGUGGACAGGCAGCGCAGGCACGGUGGGUGUGUUGGGACCAAGGAUGAUUAACUAGAGGGCCACUAGGACCCAAGUAGACUUGGCCACGAGCCAGACCGCCGUUCACUGGCCUAGUCUCCAACAGCGCGUCAAUCCCGGAAGCCACGGCUCGGUAGUGACUCGAAGGGUCCACAAGCCCCGACCUCCAGACCUAGGGCAGCACCGAUGACGCCCGCGCCAGUCCGGCAGCCGGCCUUCGGCGCCGCGGUUGUGAACGUCCGGUCGCGGGGCUGACGAGGGCCAAGAGCGAUCUCUGCACAGGCCAGCCCUAGAUCGCCACCUCGCGGCGCAAGACUGUCUUCUGCAGAGCCCGGCAUGGGUUUCCUGACCGCGGUGACUCAAGGCCUGGUGCGGGGAGCGGACAGGAUGAGCAAGUGGACAAGCAAGCGGGGACCACGCACCUUCAACAAGAGCCGAGGUGCUAAGAGAACGGGCAUCUAUGCCUCAAAUGGGAAGUUUGUGCAGAUAAAGGAAAUGGUUCCAGAAUUUGUCGUCCCGGACUUGACCGGCUUCAAGCUCAAGCCCUAUGUUAAUUACCGAGCUCCUGCAGGCGUAGAUACACCCCUGACCGCCAAAGCGCUCUUCCUGGAAACGGCGGCUCCUGCUAUUGAAAAAGACUUUAAAGAAGGGACUUUUGAUGCUAACAACUUGGAGAAAUAUGGCUUUGAGCCCACACAGGAAGGCAAGCUGUUCCAGUUGUAUCCUAAGAAUUUCCCACGCUAGAAAACCGACAGAGACCAAAAGUUUGCCUAUGAAGUGGAGACAGUACAAGCCUUCGAUUCUGAGUGUCUCGAAAAGGAGGGGCAGCUUCUUUGUGCAUUUCUAUUAAAGGCCUUUGGUAACUCGU